AGGGGAUAGAGACAGGGAAGUAGAGAAGGGAUAGUGAGAGACAGAGCAGCCUCAGAGGGAAGAGGGUGACUACGUUUGGAGUUUACACUGGGUCAAUUUCAUCUGGGGACUCCUAAAUAUGUGCUGAGAAUAAUUAUAGUCUAAAGAGCUAGGAGGGUCUAUUAAGUGGGGGUUGCCAUAACGACGCUUUGGCAGGAUAUUGCCUGGAUAAGGCAUAAUGGGUCUCCUGACACAACUCGGUCUGCUCCUGUGGAAGAACUUCACUCUUCGGAAGAGACAAAAGGUGCGUCUGGUGGUGGAGUUGUUGUGGCCUCUCUUUCUGUUCUUCAUCCUGGUCUGGGUGAGAUCAACCACCCAACCCAUUUACCAGGGCGAAUGUCAUUAUCCAAAUAAAGCCAUGCCUUCUGCCGGGGUGCUGCCUUGGCUUCAAGGCAUGAUAUGUAACAUAGACAACCCAUGUGUAAACCAUUCCACGCCAGGAGAAGCACCGGGACAAGUCAACAACUUCAACAAUUCCAUAAUUGCUGGGAUGUUGAUCGAGUUAGAGUCACUUCUGGCGAACAGAUCCAUCAUAACCAAGAUCCAGACGCUUUCCGAUGAUGUGGACCAGUGGGUUUUGAUUCUACAGACAUCAAACCAUGAAAAAGGUCAGCCCAUUCCUCUGAGAAGUAUCCUGAAUGACAAUGAAAUGUUCACCACAUAUCUGAGGGGAAACUUGUCCAUGCCAUCGACGGUAGCCGACAGUCUGAUUACCUCAAAUAUUCGCCUGAAUGAGAUGAUGGGCAUUUCAAGGCAAGACGAUCUGAGGAUCACCCUUUGCAAUGGAACAGCUCUUGAUAGAUACGUGGAAUUCACCAGCGCCUUUGACAAGGAGGCCUUUCAGAAAGUCAGCUGCUCCCUCACAGCACAGCAGUUGAGACAAACCAGAGACGUUUUCCUACAAAACCUGGAUACAAGGAAGAUGCUCACCAAUCUACCUUCAGCUUUGGAUUUGACUCCGUCCGAGACCUUUGGAUUAGUGAGAAAAACUACAGAGGAUGCCUUACCCGUGAUUGAUGAGAUAAACAAGUUGCAGAACUCAAUGUUGUUAAAGGCCGCUGAUAUGCUGGAUUUCAGAGCAGACGCAUUUGGCAGUCUGAACAUCCUACUUUGUGGUAAAGUACCAAACUCCAGCUCCAGAAAGAUCACCAUGAAUGUCCCUGCUUUUGGAGUGAUGAGGAAUGACACAGAAAACAACGCCAGGAGCAGCAAUUCCAGUGCCUUCUGCAAAGUACUGAUUGACACUCUUGAGGGAACUCCUGGCCUACGUAUUGUUUGGAGGACAUUUCGGCCCCUAAUCCUAGGCAAGAUCCUCUACACCCCUGACACACCUGCAACUAGACUAAUGGUGAAAGAGGCAAAUAGUACUUUCAACGCAUUGGCCAUGUUGAAAGAGUUGUUGGAAGCUUGGGAGGAUUUUGAACCACGUGGUUGGAACUACUUUCAAAAUGGCCCCCAAGUCAGUGCACUGCGGGCCUUUCUGGAUAACCCGGUGUUUGCAGCCGCAAUCAACCACGGGCUCAAAGGCACAAGAUGGACCGAAGAACUGCUCGCCAACUUCCUGUACAACAGCCCCCCCGAGGACCGCCCCGCGGGCAUGCCGCCGAAUGACUGGCGCGACGUGUUCAACGCCACCAGCCAAAUCCUGGACCUCCUGAAGAAGUUCAUUGGGUGCCUGGACCUGGAUAAGUUUGAGGCUGUUGACAGUGAGGGACAUCUCGUGGCUAGAGCCUUGGAGCUUCUAGAAAACGAUACGUACUGGGCUGGUAUAGUUUUCGAAGACCUCGACCCUGCCGCCAGCCACCCCCCUCCUUACGUCAAGUACAAGAUCCGCUUGGACAUCGAUGAGGGGGAGAGUACCAAUAAGAUUAAAGAAAGGGGAUGGUCUCCCGGGGCCCGUGACUCCUUCAACAACCUGCGCUAUAUAUGGGGAGGCUUCGCCUAUCUGCAGGACAUGAUAGACCACGGCAUUAUACGGGUGCACACGAACAAAUCACAGCCGCUCGGCGUGUUUGCCCAGCAAAUGCCGUAUCCCUGCUACGUGGACGACGUCUUCCUCGCGAGUAUCGGAACCAUGCUUCCCAUGUACCUGGUGCUGGCCUUCAUGUACACCGUCUGCAUGACCAUCAAGGGCCUCGUCCUGGAGAAGGAGCUCAGGCUCAAGGAGGUUCAGCGGGCCGUUGGAGUUCAGAACGGUGCCAUUUGGUUCGCGUGGUUCACCGAGAACUUUGUCCUGCUCAUGGUCCCAUGCGCAUUCAUAAGUGUCAUGGUUAAGUAUGGGAAGGUGCUGCAGUACAGCGACCCCUCAGUGAUCUUCGUCUUCCUGCUGGUCUUCUGCGUGGCCACCAUCAUGGAGUGUUUCUUCAUCAGCGUCUUCUUCUCCAAGGCCAACCUGGCGGCAGCGUGCGGAGGCCUCAUCUACUUCGUCCUCUACCUGCCGCACCUCCUCUGCUACGCCUGGAGGGACGUCAUGGGGUUCCAGGUCAAAAUCGCUGUGAGUUUGCUGUCGUGCGUGGCCUUCGGGUAUGGCUGUGAGAACUUUGCCAAGUACGAGGAGCAGGGCAUCGGUAUUCAGUGGAGUAACAUCGCCCAAAAUCCUGAAGACGGAGACCGGUAUAGCUUCAUCGUGUCCAUCAUCAUGAUGCUAGUCGACGCCCUAAUCUACUGGCUGCUCACGUGGUACAUCGAGAACGUCUUCCCAGGCCAAUAUGGAAUAGCAAAGCCGUGGUACUUCCCAUUCACCGCCUCCUAUUGGUGUGGGACUUCACCGGCGCCCAAUGCUGACCCCAGUCAGUUCAAGGACCCCAUUGAAUACACCGAUUAUUUGGAAAAGCCACCACUCAAUAUGAAGGCAGGAGUCUCAAUCAGGAACCUUGUAAAGAUCUAUAAAACUGGGAAAAAGCUUGCAGUGGAUGGACUAACUGUGGACUUCUUCGAGAAUCACAUCACCUCUUUCCUUGGUCACAAUGGGGCAGGAAAAACAACCACCAUGUCGAUCCUGACAGGACUCUUCGCUCCGACGUCAGGGACCGCUCUAAUAAACGGCUAUGAUAUCCGCACAGACAUGGACACCAUUAGAAAGCAUCUGGGAAUGUGCCCUCAGCACAAUGUCUUAUUCAAUGACCUUACAGUGGAGGAACACAUCUACUUCUACUCCAGAUUAAAGGGACGAAGCCGAGAUGAAGUGAAAACAGAGAUUGACCAAAUGAUCAAGGAUGUCGGGCUGCCACACAAACGCAAGGAAUUUGCCAAGAACCUGUCAGGGGGAAUGCAGAGGAAAUUGUCGGUGGCAAUCGCAUUCGUGGGAGGGUCCAACAUCGUCAUCCUGGAUGAACCCACAGCGGGGGUGGACCCAUACGCCCGGAGGGGGAUAUGGGAACUACUGUUGAAGUACAAACAAGGUCGCACAAUCAUCCUCUCCACUCAUCACAUGGAUGAGGCGGACAUCUUGGGAGACCGCAUUGCCAUUAUCUCUCACGGCAAGAUGUGUUGCUAUGGCUCCUCCCUGUUCUUGAAGAAAUACUUUGGCAGUGGCUACUACCUCACUCUGGUCAAGGCCGGAGAUGGGCAAAUGACUGGAGUCGAGCAGCGCCAGGUGAAAGAGGAGACUGGUGAGUCAUUGAGGAGAACCAGUCUGGUUGAAGGGAUCGCAAGACAGAACUGGAGUAACUCUGAACCCACAGAUGUCAGUAAGGUGGUGUGUCGGCAUGUUCCCGAGGCGGUGUUCCUCGAGAGCAUCGGCCAGGAGAUCACCUACAUCCUUCCCUACGGCGGGGCCAAGGAUGGCACCUUUGCCCUCCUCUUCGAAGAGCUGGACCUCAAGAUGGCCGACAUUGGUGUCACCAACUACGGCAUCUCAGAUACCACACUAGAGGAGAUUUUCCUCAAAGUGGCAGAGGACACAGGUGUUGAUGCGGAAAUACCAGCUAUCAAUGCAGCUUUGGUAAGAGACGAGACAAGAAGUUCAAGGGAAUCCAAGAGGCAACGGCAAAGCCUCACCAAAGUCGGGAACACUUCAGACGAAAUGGCUGGGAAAAGUGCUGAAGACAAGAGGAAAGUGACGUUCACUAGCAGAGUGGAGGAUGUGGAGAGAGUGGCCAAUGUGAAUGGGAAGGGCUCCAGUGUGAUCACGGGAUGGGAACUGAUCCGGAGACAGUUCCUGGCCCUCUUCAUCAAACGCUUUCACCACGCACGCAGGAGCCGCAAAGGCCUCAUUGCUCAGGUGAUUCUGCCUGCUGUCUUCGUCUGCCUGUCUCUCAUCUUCUCCGUCAUCGUCCCCCCUUUUGCGGAGUACCCCAACCUGGAGUUGCAGCCUUGGAUGUAUGGACUGCCCCAAACGACAUUCUACAGCAAUGAUGGACCGCCAAAUAACACGGAGGUUGCUCGGGUGGCGGACUCUUUGGUGAAUAAUCCUGGGUUUGGGACUCGCUGCAUGGCCAACAACCCGAUACCAAAUCUCCCAUGUGUCCCGAAUGAUUCUAAGUGGUUCACUCCCACAGUGGAUCCCUCUAUCAGCAACAUCUUCACCAACGGAAACUGGAGCAUGGCCAACCCUUCCCCGAACUGCCAGUGCAGCACUCCUCAAAAGACCACCAUGUUGCCAGAUUGCCCACCUGGAGCCGGUGGGCUCCCUCCUCCUCAGCGGACCCAGAAUACCACAGACACACUGCAGGACAUGACGGGCCGGAACAUGACAGACUUCCUUUUAAAGACCUACAAGGAAGCAGGCAGAAAAAGGUAUGGAGGGAUUUCUGUCGGAGGGGUCAACUCCCAAGUCAGGAUGACUGAACCGGAAAUAGAAGCUCUGAUCAGGGAUUUGAGAAGCCUAUUAAAUUCCUCCCAGGAUAACACGACCAAUCAGAUGCUCCUGAAUACCGAGACGCUCCUGAAAGAGCUCGGGACCAGGGAUAAUGUCAAGGUGUGGUUCUACAACCAGGCGUGGCACGGUAUUGUAUCGUUCCUCAAUGUGGCCAACAACGCCAUCCUGAGAGGCAACCUGCCGCCGGGUCAUGACCCCAGGGAAUAUGGAAUCUCCGCCUCCAGCCACCCCCUCAACCUCACCAAAGCUCAGCUUUCCUACCAGGCAAUGGCCGCCACCUCCACCGAUGUGGUGGUGUCCAUCUGUGUCAUCUUUGCCAUGUCCUUCAUCCCAGCAAGCUUCGUCCUCUUCCUCAUCCAGGAGCGUGUCAGCAAGGCCAAGCACUUGCAGUUUGUCAGUGGCGUCAACCCGACCGUCUACUGGGUCGCCAACUUCGCCUGGGAUAUUUGUAACUACAUAGUCCCGUGUCUAAUAGUCAUCGUCAUCUUCCUGUGCUUCCAACAAAAAGCCUACGUGUCCCUUUCUAACCUACCAGCUUUGAUUCUGCUGCUGAUGAUGUAUGGGUGGUCUAUCACACCCAUGAUGUACCCAGCCUCGUUUAUCUUCAACGUUCCCAGCACGGCCUACGUGGUGCUGACCUGCAUCAACCUCUUCAUCGGCAUCAAUGGGAGCGUGGCCACCUUCAUCAUGGAGUUGUUCGCUGAUGAUAACAUCUCGAAAAUCAAUGGUAUUGUGAAGCAGGUGCUGCUGAUUUUUCCGCACUUCUGUCUGGGUCGAGGGCUCAUCGACAUGGGCAAGAACCAGGCUAUGGCCACCUUGUAUGAAAGCUUAGGGGAAGACCGUUACCAGGACCCCCUCAGCUGGGACAUGGUGGGGAAGAACCUGUGUGCCAUGGCCAUCCAGGGGGCAGUCAUGUUCACCAUCACUCUCCUUAUCCAGUAUAAGUUCUGCUACAAACCCAGACUGAUUUCUGGAGAGUCAUUCUCCAAGGAGGAUGAAGAUGUGGACGUGGCACGGGAGCGUGCACGCAUCCAUAAAGGUGGCUCAGAGAAAGACCUGUUGAGAAUCUGCGAUCUUUCUAAGGUGUACUCGGGGAAGAAGAUUCCUGCUGUGGACAGGGUGUGUGUGGGCGUUCCAGCCGCAGAGUGCUUUGGACUUCUGGGGAUUAACGGGGCAGGAAAAACCACCACCUUCAAGAUGCUGACGGGGGACAUCGCCGUCUCCGGGGGGGAGGCCUUCCUAAACGGAUACAGCAUACGGACAGAGAUGAGGGACGUUCACCAGAACAUGGGCUACUGCCCGCAGUUUGACGCCCUCAACGACCUUCUCACCGGACGAGAGCACCUGGAGUUCUACGCCAGACUACGAGGCGUACCGGAGGAAGAAGUCCCCAUGGUGGCAGAGUGGGGCAUCCAGAAGCUAGGCCUGGUCAAAUACUCAAACAAGUCAGCCGGUACCUACAGUGGAGGGAACAAACGCAAGCUCUCCACCGCCAUGGCUUUGAUUGGCUGUCCUCCUGUGGUCUUCCUGGAUGAGCCAACGACAGGGAUGGACCCCAAAGCCAGACGCUUCCUGUGGGACUGCAUCCUGAGUGUCAUCAAAGAGGGACGCUCAGUCAUCCUAACAUCACACAGCAUGGAGGAGUGUGAGGCCCUGUGCACGCGCAUGGCCAUCAUGGUGAAUGGACAGUUCAAGUGUCUGGGCAGCAUCCAGCAUCUUAAGAGCAGGUUCGGGGACGGCUACACUGUGAUCGUGAGGGUGGGUGGCUCGCCCCCCGCUCUGGGCCCCGUGGAGGAGUUUGUCCGCGAGACCUUCCCCGGUAGCGUACUGAAGGAGAAGCACCACAACACGCUGCAGUACCAGGUCCCCCACAGCGAGGGCGCUCUGGCCAGCAUCUUCAGCCAUUUCACCACUCAUCAGCAGAGGCUGGGUGUGGAGGACUACUCUGUCUCCCAGACCACUCUGGAUCAGGUCUUUGUCAACUUUGCGAGGUACCAACAGGAGGAGGACAAUCAGGCCCUGCAAGCUUAUGACAACAAAGUGGACGUGUCCGACGAAAUGCCAAUGGAAACUCGGACCUCAACCGACUCAACUGUACCAGAGAGCGUCUGAGUUACUUCAGAUUCCAUCACUAAAUCACAAGCACUGUUUAUCUCAGGUCUAAGCUUGUAGAUAGCUUUUGGAUGUUUUACUUGUGCCAUCUGCCAUAAUGACAUUUUGCUAUGUUAUUAUUCAAAUGUUAAACGUGAACAACACAUAUAAUGGAAUUCAACACCUAGCAGAGCGAAAUAAAAAUGUGAUUGGGCUACCUGCAUCAGAGGAGUGUGAGGUCAUCAAUGUUUAGAUUAGUUACUGUUAUUUUCGGGAAUUGCUUGAUUAUGAAAAACAGAAAACACAGAUUUUCGUCAGACCUUGUCCUGUUUGCCAAAUGAUAUGGCUAGGAAACACCUCUUCCUCAAAGGUCAACACAUUGAUUCUAUUAUGUUGCCCCUCGACAUUCUCUUACGAUUGUUGUACUGCUGAUAAAACAGGGAAUGCUCCCCAAAUGGUACCCUAUUCCUUUUACAGUGCACUACGUUGGAGCAGAUCCCUGUGGAUCUUCCAGGAGCAGAUAUUUACAUGUUAUCCUCUCCUUCAUUCCAAAAUUAGAAUGGCGGGCCUGCUUUGCAAAAUAUGCUUUGUGUGCAAUACGGAGUCGAGAGCCUUCCAGUGUGUAUUUGCAGGAUAAAUUUAGCCUACCCUCUAACCCAAGAACUUUGUGAAGAAGUAUUUGUUUCCAUUUUUGUUUAUUUUCGACUACCCAGGUAGAUAUGCGUAUAAUAUAACUAGAUUUGGAGAAAAUGCGGGUAGUUUUUAACAAUGGUGAAACCACCAAACACUUUUUUGACAAUACACACAUAGACAGGCAUAUAUUACAGCUAUAUUGAGAGUGUGAGCAGUCCUUUUUUAACAAUGAUGAAACCACACCAAGCACUUUGUCAAUUUGCCUACAUUACCUUGCAAGUGGAAUUAGCACUUUCUUUCUAAUGCAAAUAGCUUCUCUGUAUGUUUAAAGUAAACUAGGGUUUACUUUGAGAGCCCAAUGUAAUUUGUAUGCCGUUCAAUGUCUCCUGUAUUACUAUCUGGUUCAUUGCAAAGAAUAAGGAAUCCCAUUUGUACUGAAUAUUGCUUUAUUCCAGGACAGAUGAUUAAACAUUUGCACAAAUUGGCAAGCAACUAGAAGUUGAAUUUGUAGAUCCCCAGCUUUAUUUCCUCUGGGAUUCAUUGGGCCUUGUUUGGAAGUCACUUUUAUCCACUUGAGAGAUAUGUGGCAGCCACUUUUAACUUUUGACUCUGCUGCUUGAAUAAGUGCACCAUUAUUUUAUUCUUUGUUUAAUAAAACUACAUUUUUUAAUCUA